AUGGCGACGAACAACGCAGCCCCGGCCAAGCUCGCGGUCCUCAUCUUCCCCGGCUUCGAGCCCCUCGACGUCUUCGGCCCCGUCGAGAUCUUCCAGACGCUCUCUACCAAGCAGCUCCUCACCCUCUCCUGGAUCUCCGCCUCGACCCUCCCCGCGCUCGACCCCGUGAGCUCGCUCAUCCCAGACGACGUCACGCUCUCCGGAAAGAAGCACACCGUCGCGGUGACCGUCGUCCCCACGCACACGCUCGCCGCCCCGCCCGACGACAUCGACGUCCUCCUCGUCCCCGGGGGCCUCGGCGUGUGGUCGCGCGGGACCGAGCCCGCGGUCGACUACCUCCGCGCGACGUUCCCGAAGCUCAAGUACGUGCUGAGCGUGUGCAACGGGGCGGAGCUCCUCGCGCGCGCGCGCGUCCUCGACGGCCGGCGCGCGACGACGAACAAGGCGCUCUGGACGCGCGUCACGACGACGCACGCGGCGGGCGGGAUCAGGUGGGAGAAGAUGCCGCGCUGGGUCGCGGACGGGAACGUGUGGACGUCGGGCGGGGUGAGCGCGGGGACGGACAUGGCGCUCGGGUGGGUCGCGCACGUGUGGGACGAGGAGCUCGCGCGGAAGAUCGCGAACGUGGUGGAGUACGAGUGGCGGAACGACCCGAACUUCGACGUGUUUGCGUACGUGUGGUAG